AUGGAUGUCUCUGAAGACGGCGGCCCGUCCACGCCUGCCCUUCCCAAAGACGAGAGCACAGAGCCUGCUCCACCCCAGACCACGUCUGCUCCACGCUUGAAUCCACGAAGUUGUGUGACCUGUCGUCGUCGCAAAGUCCGAUGUAACAAAGAAAAUCCCUGCGCGAAUUGUGUAAGAGCUGGAAUUGAGUGCAUCUUUCCGGCGCCGGGACGGGCUCCUAGAAAAUCCAGAAAGCCUCCCGACGCAGAGCUCCUCACACGGCUGCGACGGCUCGAGGGCGUUGUGCACAGCUUGGGGGCGCAGGUCGACGAGAAUGGUGUGGUCUCACCGACCCUUGCGGGUUCUGCAGAUGUCCGAGCACGUUUUGGUGAUACACAAGCGGGUGACUCGCCCACGUCGGACCGCUCCGACUCCAAAAGACAGUCGAUUGAUAAACACCUGGGCCGCCUGGUUAUCAGUGAGGACCGCAGUCGCUACGUCAGCAACGCGUUCUGGACCGGAAUGAGCGACGAGAUUGCCGAAAUGCGAUAUCUUCUGGAUCCUUCCAGCAGCGAUGAGGACGAUGACGACCGAUCCCCGGAGCAAGACCUUCAGACCAGCCAUCAAGCUUUUCUCUUUGGUUAUUCCUCGGCCAUGCUUGAUUUGCGCGAAUUACAUCCCAGUCCGAGCCAGAUCUUCAUCCUAUGGGAAGUGUUCAAGGAGAACGUUGACCCCAUCGUUCGAAUUCUGCAUCGCCCCACCGCCAAAACUAUUCUCAUGAACGCUGCCAGCAGUCUGGACCGAGUUUCCAAAUCUGCCGAGGCCUUGUUGUUCGCGAUCUACUUUGGGGCUGUGGUCAGCUUGACGCCCGACCAAUGCCAGCAAUUGCUCGACGAAGACAAGGAUGUUCUCCUGAAGAAAUAUCGGUUUGCGACCGAACAAGCUCUGGCUCGGGCGGAUUUUUUGAACAGUUCCAGCCUGAUGUGCUUGCAAGCACUGUGCUUUUUCCUCAUCUUCGUGCGGCACUGCGACGAUUCCCGAGUGGUAUGGGCUCUAGGAGGCCUGGCAAUCCAUCUCGCGCAAGCGAUCGGGAUUCAUCGGGAUGGGACAAACUUCGGGCUCAAUCCGUUCGACACGGAGAUGCGGCGACGACUAUGGUGGCAACUGUCACUUCUAGACAAUCGGUCCGCGGAGGACCACGGGACGGAUCCCACCUUUACCGAACAAUUCUAUGACACCAAGCUUCCCAUGAACCUGAAUGACGAAGAUCUCUCUCCGGGCAUGAAAGAGUGCCCGCCGGAAAGACAGGGCGCUACCGAGAUGACGUUCUGUUUGAUCCGAUUUGAAAUUAGCAUUUUUUCACGACGAUUCAAUUUCACAGCCCCGGGAGGAGACUCAUGCCCCUCUCAGCGGUUAUCGUAUGAAGAUAAGGAAAGAUUGAUUGACGAAUGUCAUCGGAAGCUAGAAGAGAAGUAUCUGCGACAUUGCGACAUGAGCAAUCCCAUCUACUGGGUGGCCGCCACGGUGGCCCGACUGAUUCUGGCCAAGAUCUGGCUCAUGGUGCACCAUCCGCGGUCGUUCAACUCGACCGGCGAGGGAACACCCCUACCACCCGAGACUCGAGAUCGAGUGUUCAUCACGUCGGUGGAGGUGAUUGAAUUUUCCCAUCUCCUGGAGAAGAACGAGAAUACGGCCAAAUGGGGGUGGCUGUUCCGAACAUACAUGCAGUGGCAGUCAGUGGCCUUUGCCCUGUCGGAGAUCUGCAACCGACCACCGGGACCUGACGUGGAUCGGGCCUGGCGAGCCAUUGAAUCGGUUUACGAUGAAAAGAUGAUGAAGAACCACAGAUUUCAAAAGGGCAUGUUGUGGAAACCAAUCCGACACUUGAUGGCCAGGGCUCGGGCAAAACGAGCCACCCAACAGGCACAGGCGGCGCACCGACCCAGUGUCUUGUUUUCGGAUUUGUCGAGCUCAACUCCUAUGGAGCGUUUCAUGCAAGACUACCCGAACAACGUGGUAACGAAUUCAAUAGUGGCAUUUGGUAUGGAGCAUGAUCAGACUUUCACUGACGACACGGUGAUGGAGCCCGGGAGCACGCAAGAUUCGACACAAACACGAAGCGGCAGUAUCAUCGAAGGAGGCAUGUCUCAAGACGGGUCGACUGGAGUAAAUUGGACACCGGAACACAUGUCGAUGCAAGCGAAUGAACUGUUGGACUUGGGAUGGUCACCAUCCGUGGGGGAUUUUACUGUGCGGCCAGAGGCCUUCCAGCGUUUUUUCGUGAAUAUCCAAGAGGAGUGGUUCUGA